CAGGAUCAAGAGGGUGUACUCAUCUGCUACAUGCCAAUUUAAAAGAACCUAAUCAUGAAAGUUAAAGUGCAAAAUCAUUUUUUUCUUCCUUUUUUUCUGCUUUAAAAAAUAUAUUUAGUUGGACAAGUUCUGCUCAGCCGCCAUUGACUCAGGUUAUAAAUAUUAGUAUAUCUGAUUGGUUGUGUCCAUGCAUUUUAACUUUGUCUUCUCUAAACAACUUAACUUUUUCUUUCUGGUUCAUCGCCCCCUGUGGAAAAUGGGAAAACAACUCGUCAAAUAUUUUGUGGUGGAUGCAUUCACGGAUUCAGCUUUCAAAGGGAAUCCAGCAGCUGUAUGUUUAUUAGAAGAAGAUAAAGAUGAUAAAUGGUUGCAAUCUGUUGCUGCUGAGUUCAACAUCUCUCAAACCAGCUAUUUGAGUCGCAUCACUCAUUCUGACACCAUUUCUUCUAAUCCCAGGUUCCGUCUUAGGUGGUUUACUCCUAUUGCUGAGGUUCCGCUUUGUGGUCAUGCAACACUAGCAGCUGCGCACAUCAUCUUUUCUAAUGGUUUGGUAAAUUCUGACAUUAUUGAGUUUGAAACACUAUCUGGGAUUCUAACAGCUAAGAAGGUUUCUGAAAUCAGCAAAGACAAUGUCCAAACUACUCAAAAUGGUGAAGCAAAUGAAGGCUUUCUCAUCGAAUUAAAUUUCCCUACUGUCUCAACUGCUGAAUUCAACUCUGUCGAUCUUGAGCUAAUUUAUAAAGCCUUGAAUUGUGCUUCCAUAAUCGAUAUCAGGAGGACUACUACUGCUGACGACCUUCUUGUCGUGCUGCCAUCUGCUAAAGCUGUAAUUGAAGUACAGCCACAGCUUGAUGAUAUACGAAAAUGUCCUGGAAGGGGAAUAAUUGUUACUGGAGUUGCUCCACCAGAGUCUGAAUUUGACUUUUACAGCCGAUUCUUCUGUCCUAAAUUGGGAAUUAAUGAGGAUCCAGUUUGUGGAAGUGCACACUGUGUUUUAGCCCUUUAUUGGGGAAAGAAGCUGGGGAAGUGUGAUCUUAUGGCCUAUCAGGCCUCAUCAAGAAGUGGAAUAUUGGACAUUCAUUUGGAUGAGCCGAAUCAGAGAGUUCUGCUGCACGGAAAAUCUGUAACUGUUAUGCAAGGCUCCAUUUUGGUUUAAGAUUUUUAAGCCUUAGUAUUAUGCAAUAAUAUAAAAUUUACGAGUUGGCUUCGGUCACCCUGUCGGAGGCCAAUGAUGCAGAAUCAUUGAAGACUACUAGGAGCUAUCGCCUUCUCGCAUUUUCUUAAGAUAUCCAACAAAUAAAACAAUCUAUAUAAUGUAAUCAUCAUCGAUGAUGAACUCCAUAAUUGAAAUCUGACAUUGAUCCCCGAAUGUUGCAUUUCUUUCAAUUUGUAUCAUUAAUUUAUUGAUCUCUCAACUUUUCAGAAGCUGGAGCAUCUGUAAAUGUACAAUAAAUUUCCAGUUACUGUUUAGUGUUUUCUUUAAACUA